GCAUUAGAGAAAAAUAGCAUUACUUAGUAAGAUGUAUUAUUUUUGGUUUAUUGUAUUCCAGGGAGUUUUAGUAACCGUUGGCAUUUACUGACAAACCAUUUAAUGGUCUGUGAAUAAAACUGUUGUGACUAUGAAGAGGUAUCGUAUGACUUGGAAACUGGUCUUAUUUCUGUGUGGUUUUCCUGUGCAGUAGAUGUGCACUGAGAGCCUUCAUCUAAUCUUAUUCCUAAUGAAGCUUUGAUCCCUUCCAUGGAGAUAACUUCCUAGUGACAGCAUCUUCCAGUGGCGACAAAAUUGUUGUUUCAAGUUGCAAAUGUAAACCUGUUCCACUUUUAGAGCUUGGUGAAGGGCAAAAGCAGACAUGUGUCAGUUUAAAUUCCACAUCUAUGUAUUUGGUAAGCGGAGGCCUGAAUAACACUGUUAAUAUUUGGGAUUUAAAAUCAAAAAGAGUUCAUCGAUCUCUUAAGGAUCAUAAAGAUGAAGUAACUUGUGUAACAUAUAAUUGGAAUGAUUGCUACGUUGCUUCUGGAUCUCUCAGUGGUGAAAUUAUUUUGCACAGUGUAACCACUAAUAUUUCUACUACUCCUUUUGGUCAUGGUAGUAGCCAGCCUAUUCGGCACUUGAAGUACUCCUUAUUUAAGAAAUCGCUGCUGGGCAGUGUUUCGGAUAACGGAGUAGUAACUCUUUGGGAUGUGAAUAGUCAGAGUCCUCACCAUAACUUUGAUAGUACUCAUAAAGCUCCAGCUUCAGGCAUCUGCUUUUCUCCUGUCAAUGAAUUGUUGUUUGUAACCAUAGGCUUGGAUAAAAGAAUCAUUCUCUAUGACACUUCAAGUAAGAAGCUAGUGAAAACUUUAGUGGCUGACACUCCUCUAACUGCAGUAGAUUUCAUGCCUGAUGGUGCCACUUUGGCUAUUGGAUCCUCCCGUGGGAAAAUAUAUCAGUAUGAUUUAAGGAUGUUGAAAUCACCAGUUAAAACCAUCAGUGCUCAUAAGACAUCUGUGCAAUGUAUAGUAUUUCAGUACUCCACUGCUCUUUCUAAGUCAGGUUUAAAUAAAGACUCUUCAAGUAAGGCCUCAGCUGUGAACAAACGGACUGUUCCUGUGAGUGCCACCAGUGGGGGAGCUCAGAGUUCUGGAACUGUCAGAGAAGCCACUGCCACGGCCACGGUUCUGCCACAGCCCAUGACAACAGCCGUGGGGAAAGGCACAGUUGCUGCCCAAGACAAAGCAGGUUUGUCUCGAAGCAUCAACACAGAUAUUUUAUCUAAGGAAACAGACAGUGGGAAAAAUCAGGAUUUCUCCAGUCUUGAUGAUACUAGAACAAGUAGUUUGGGGGACAUGUUCUCACCUAUCAGAGAUGAUGUUGUGGCUAACAAGGGAGGUGAUGAGUCCAUAGGCAAAGGAGAUGGCCUUGACUUUUUAACACAAUUGAACUCAGUGUUUCCUCCAAGAAAAAAUCAAGGAGCUUCAGGCACUUCAGUAUUGCAUUCUAGUCCCUUUAAUGUCUUUAUGGGAUCUCCCGGGAAAGAAGAAAAUGAACAUUGUGAUCCGACAGCUGAACCUAAGAAAACGUAUCUGGGAAAACAGGAAUCUAAAGACUCCUUCAAACAGUUUGCAAAGUUGAUCUCCGGUGCUGAUACUGGAAGUCUAAAUACCUCUCCAUCAUCUAACCAAACAAGAAGUCCUGAGAAAUGUGAAAAGCCAGAAAAAGAAAAGGAAGCCCGGUUACUGUAUGAACCCACAAUCAAUGGAUCCUCAGCUCCAAAUCCAAAGUUAGCAUCCUCUGUCACUGCUGGAGUUGCCAGUUCACUGUCAGAAAAAAUAGCUGAUACCAUUGGAAAUAAUCGGCCAAAUGCCCCAUUGACAUCUGUUCAAAUCCGUUUUAUUCAGAACAUGAUACAGGAAACAUUGGAUGACUUCAGAGAAGCAUGUCAUAGGGAUAUUGUGAAUUUGCAAGUGGAGAUGAUUAAACAGUUUCACAUGCAGUUGAAUGAAAUGCACUCUUUAUUGGAAAGAUACUCAGUAAAUGAAGGUUUAGUGGCUGAAAUUGAAAGACUACGAGAAGAAAACAAAAGACUGCGAGCCCACUUUUGAAAUUACACUGAAUACCUUAAUGUUUUUUAAUUUGGGAAGUUUUUGGCAACACAGAACUACAUGGAAUCAGUGUUGUUUUUAUGGCCUCUGGGAAAAAUUUUCAAGUAAAAAGGUGAUGGGAUUUUACACCAACCACUAUUUCAUUCUCUCUGACUGUCGAAAAUAUUUAUAUUUUUAUAUUAAAAGCUGUACAAUGUAUAAUUUGCCUAUAGGAAAGUCAGUAGGAUCUUUAUUUUUCUGAAAGCUUUAGAUAGACACUAAGUGCCCUUUUUCAUAAGACAAUUGUGCAAAAAAAUAGGUUAUGGGUGUUUUAAAAUCACCUUUUUUAACAUAUAUUUUUUGAUUAACAUUUGCCUUUCCAAUUUUUUUGGAUGUUUUUGGGAUUAAAGAGUUUGAUAUGCAUUCUAUUUUUAUGGAAAAAGUAAUUUUAAAAUGGCAAUUGGUGUUUCUAAGCAAUUACCUAAUAAAACACAAGGUUGGUUACUAAUUAUUUUGUUAACUUAAUGAAGUCAAGUAUGACUACUAUUUAUUAUUUUUACAUUUGAUAUGACAAUUUGUUGGAAUUUUGAAUUGCACAAAUUAUCUUUUAUCUAUUGCGUUUAUGUUAUUGGAUUGUACUUCUAACAAAUCUCUAUUCUGGGUUGUUUUUUUUUUUGUUUUUUGAUGUGUUUUUUUGUUUUUGUUUUUUGUAUUUUUUUAGCAAACUUAGCAGACUUCACUUUACCUAUGAAAACUUGUAAGGAUUUGAAAGAUUUGACCAGAGCUGCAUAUUUACUAAUUAUCUCAUGAAUUAGUAAUAAGCAAAAUUAUACUACAAAGUUUUAAUGAACAUGAUUCAACUGAUAAUCAGUGAAAAUUUCAUAGUAGAUACUAAAUAUUACUGUAUUAUUGCAGUUCAUUUUCUCCCAAAUGAGAAGCGUGGAUGUCUUUUUGUGGUUUAUAUCAUUAACUUUCUCUAAUCCUUUGUGUGCCGUAUUUAACAUUUUUAUAUUAUUGACCUUAACAUCAAAUUUAGAAAGGGUAAUUGUCAAAAGGAUUUAUACCUCUUUGACAAUAGAUGGAUGUGUACAUCUACCUGUUGUGAUCUGGAGUUUUAAUCAUAUAAGAUUAGGCAGGUUAUUGGUUUGUUUACCUUCUUGUAGUCUCUUGUCCCAAAGACUUAAACUAUGUACCUUUUAUAUAUUACUCCUGUCCAAUUUUGACUUUUGAGAUGAAAAUACUAAAAUAAAAAAGAAAUUGAGUUAGCUUACUAACUUUAUGAUUUUCCAAAGCAAUGGAAAUUUUUAAGGAUAUUUUUUAAUAAGUAUAAACAUACUAAUAACUACUUCAAGGAAUAAAAACAGAAAUACUACUUUUUCCUAUUGUGUCUCAGAGAAUACAUUUGUAUUGAAGCAUAAAAGGGUGCUACUGUGAUCUUUUUUCCUGGCAGAUUAUGAAAGCAUUAUGACUUGUAACAAGUUUCCUUAUAUACCAUUAUCAAGCAGACUUAGAAAACAAAAGUGUGUUUUGCCUAUAUGCUUUAUUUAAAUUCAUUAAUAUUUUUCCUGUUGUCUUUUUCUGUACAUGCACUUGAUGUUUAUUGAAAGAAGAGGGAUAAAUAAAACAAUUUUAGUAACUUUA